AUGUCACUCCUUGCUAGCCCAUACACUUUGCCAGACCAGAAGGAAACCGAAUUGGGCAUUGUGGCCCAGUGGUGGACCAAGAACCUGUUUCCUCAAUCGCUUGAUGAAAUUGACUUGAAGGAUUUCUUCGAGGUGAAGAACGUCCAAGAUCGUGGCGAGUACUACGAUAAACCAAAGGACACCACUGGUGUGAUUCUUGUCAGUUCCAAGAAAUUGUCAGUUGUGGCUGGAUGGAGAAAUGAGAAGCACGAGGGUCCAUACCAGGUGUACUCUGAGCAAGAGAAGGACACAAUUGCAUUCCAUUUUGUUGGAGAUACCAAGGUUGUUUUUCUCGGGUGGAUCUAA